GGCAUGAGGAGCCUGGCGUCUGGCGUAGGGUAAUAUUCCCUCUGCUUGUUCACGUCAACCACCAACCAGCAAACAAAAGCACAGCUGUCAGCCCGUCAUAGGAGACAGGUCGUUUCGUAGGAAGGUGAUACGCCAGGUAUUGGGCCUUGUGCACUUUGCUCCGUUCGAAACCACGCUGUUCCACCGAACCUGGCCCUUGUUCGACUCAACUCUACACUCACAUGGGCCGUCUUCAACGAUGAGCUGCCGCCCCGCAUCAUCGCAUCGGGGCUAUCGAUACCGUGAUAGCGUUCCAGCCCGACAUCGCCUCCAUCAUACGGCGUCUGGCCUCUCAAAAGCGCAAACCACCACUCGAGCCUUAGUAGGCUCUGUAGUUUCGUGCCGCUGCUGAGCUACCACUCGCGCUCAGUAUGGCGUCAAUAUUUCGCUCCUUCGGGAGCUCCAACAUGUCGAAGCGCCUGUUGCGAUAUGCCCUCUCUCGGCUGGAGCUCCUCGAUACCGAUACUCUGGAUGUGGAUAAGUUGGACCUCGAAUGGGGGGUGAACAACGUCCUCACAUUCCAGGAUGUCGGUAUUAGGCUAGAGAAACUCGAACGGUUGCUGCAACUCCCGCCGUCGUUCAAGCUUCAGAAAGCCAAAGUCCUCCAACUACGGGUCUCCAUCCCAUCAGCUAUAUACUCGAGUCCCAUCGUCGUUGAAGUCGACGGCGUCCAAGUUAAGCUAAAAGUUGCUUCAGAAGAAUCCCUCAGGGAAGAACAAAGGCAAGCGCGAAGCAGGAAAUCUACGAGCCGCUCCGUUGAUGAAGACGUUGUGCCGCACGCUAUUGACUUGGCCCAGUCUUUCCUGGAUGCUCAACCCUCGCAAGAAAAGGCCGAGUUGCAGGCCGCCCUGAAUGCAGAGAGCCACGACCUUGCGGCAUCCGUCGCAAGCAGUGAAGAUGGCAGUGACGAUGACGUACCUAUGGGAACGGGACAGGCUCUGUCCCUGCCUGCGUUCUUGGCAGACUUCCUCCAGGGCAUUGUCGAUCGAACACAAGUCUCUAUUAAAGGCGUCACCUUUGAGCUGGAUGUCGAAGUACCCGUCGAAGUUCACUCGACUACCCCGGAACUUGUGACUUUUCAACUUGCCAUCGAUGAUCUUAGUGUAGAGGGAGUGACUACACAACUCCAGCGGGCGGAUACCGAAGGACUACCUGCCAUGGUCCAUAGGGACGGCAAACGUCAUAUCUCUUUGAACAGAAUCCGAGCUUCUCUGAUUACUGAGGCCAACGUUUUCUCGACGCUUGCGCGAACUCCGUCAAUGCCUUCCUCCGCGGCAACGAGUUCGCCAGUGAUGACGGCCAAACAGCCACCGCCAUCAUCCCAGGAGGAUGACAAUCCACUCUCCAAUAGUGUUUAUGGACCUCUAAAUGAAUCUACUGACUUGACCCAAAGUCAGUAUUACCCAAUGAUGGACAGUGAAGAUGCUUUCAACAUUCCAUAUGAAUUCAACAGCUCGCAAGAAGAUGAUUUGCUGGAAGACGACCUGAGAUCUGCCCCUUCGACUCCUCGUGCGCUAGCACCACGAGGUUUCUCACCUUCAGAGGCGGUGCGCCGUCCUGCCCAAUCUACAGUAGCAACGCCGCCAGAACGCUGGUCGGAUUUUGAGAGAGAUGCGCAAUCAGAACCCUCUCUCCAGCCUACAAUUGACUGGAAGCCAGCGCCUUUUGUGGAUUUGCCCACUGAAACGCCUGCAAAUGAUAACCCUUCGUCACCCCUUGAAGACCUCGCACAGUCUCACGUCUUUAGCCAUGAGGAAGCUGAAAGCAUGUACAUGAGUGCAUUCUCCAAUACUGGAGCUUCCAACAUCACACCUGUCAUGCCUGGUGCUUGGGACGAUUCGGACCUGUCAAAUUAUGACAGUUCUCCGGACACGAAAAAGGGCUCAACAAAGCCGGUGCCACAGGGUCAGCUCGUCGACGUAUCAGCCGAAACGGAAUCAUACUCUCAAGCGGAAUCUGCCCACCUGUCGUCUGUCUUGGGUCGCGCAGAUUCGCCCUCACCUUCUGGCAGAAAGUCGACAAAUCGACCAACAGUACUCUCUGGGGAAGUGGAAAGCAGGGGCCGUAGCCCAGAGCCUGUAGCACCCGAUGGUACCACCACGCCCCGCGGUCCUACUCGCCUUGUGAAAGAAAUCAUCUCUCUUGCUUCCGUAUCGGUAUAUGUACCAUCCAAUCACAAGCACGUUGCAGUGCCUUCACCGGCCGAUGAGGCACCAUCCGCACAUCGACAUGGUCUUGAGCGAUCGGUUGCGCCCCAUGUGCCUGGUGCGUUUUCGAUACAUGAAAACACUCAUUCGACAUCAGCUCGUCCCUUGACACCGCCUGAAUUGGAUGAGACGCCUUCCAUAUCUCCCGAACAUGAAGUUGUUCAGGACGGAUCGGUUGAAAUUGUUCUCGCACCCCUUGACGUACGAUUUGACUCUUCCAUCAGCUUCUUACUUGCUAUGGUGGUAUCGCGAAUUAUGGCCAUAUUGAGAGAAGAAGGUACAAAAGCGGUUCGGAAGCCUGCGUCGUCAAAGCAAGCCGCGUCCCCUCAACCUGACAUCAAGAUAUCUGUCGAGCAGAUAUCUAUCCAAUUUCUAGAGACGCUUAUUGGCGUUGCGGAAACUCCUCAGCGGGCGCUUAACUCCGGUUCAGCUGCUUUUGGCUCUGAUGCCCUAUUAACAUCAACCUUGCGAAACCUGAAGCUACAGUUGACAAGAACUGAAAGCUCGACGAUAACAUCUGUCGAUUUAGAGAAGUUCCGAUUCGGCUACACAAAUGAUGACAUUGUAUCCUUUGAUCAACGUUUGCAGAUGCGCGCUUCCGUCAGAGAUGCGUUUCCUUCUGCAGGUUCUGAUGUAUCAUUGAAAAUCACCCAGACCGCAGAGGCGACUCGCUGCGAAGUGAAGACACUUCCUCUACACCUAAAGCUUGACUGCCAAAGGCUGGAUGAGACUUUCAGUUGGUUUGGCGGACUAAGCAGCUUCUUAAAUAUGGGUUCAUCCAUAACUUCGAGUGCAUCUCCCACGGCCAGCAGUCCAUCGAAACCGGUGAAGAAAGCUCGAGGCGUCCGUUUUGAUGCACCCAUCAAAGCCGACGAUAAGUCAGCAGCGCAAGAUAACAAGGUCAAUGUGCGAGUUGGCGGGUUCCAUCUAGACCUCGUAGGACGAGAAUGCAGUGUCACUGUAGAUACCAGUGCUGUGAAGCUAAUAACCCGUGACGAAGGUGUAGGCAUUGGUAUUACAGAGAUUCGCCUUGCAGGGCCAUAUCUUAGGAGGUCUAUGGGCGACCCGCCCGUCAAUGCAACAAUCAGGAACACCCGGAUCGAGUACUUGUUCGCUCCAAGAGAUAAGGACCUUGAGCGACUAUUGGAACUCAUCAUACCAUCGAAGAACAAAUUCGACGAAAAUGAUAACGAGAUCAUGGUAGAUACCCUGCUAAGGCAAAGGAGGAAAGGUGCCGUGGUUCGACUAAAUUUUGACAACAUUGGGGUCAACGUCAAAAAUGUCCAACAGCUCCAAUGCCUUGCAGGCUUGGGCGAAGAGGUUGCUCGGCUUGGAGCUGUAGCCAAGUAUCUUCCCGAGGACGACAAGCCAGGCCUGCUCACCCUUGCCAUGAUCCGGAGUUUUGAUGUGGCGGUGGACAUAGAUAGGCGCUUCGGAAAACUCCAAGCAUCACUUAAGGACGUGGAAGCGGGCCACAUAACCUUCCCUUCCUUGAUUGCUCUUGCGUUAGGUUCUGUCUCUGUGCAUCGAAACAACACCGAGGAGCUGGUAGGAUCUGGUAUAGGAACGAGGAGUAAUGGGCCGGUCGUCACCUUGCGAAUGAUCCCAGACGCUAUGGAGCCCGUGAUAAAGCUUCGCUUGCUCAACGUAAAUAUUGAGUACCGAGUACCAACUAUUAUCGACGUCCUGGACCUCGCAGACGACGCCACCCCGCAAGAUUAUGAAGCUCAACUUGCGGCAUCAGUUGCCAAUUUGGGCGAGCAAGCUCAUACCGCAAUCACGGGAAGGCAACCUUUUAUCGAGUCAAACAACGGCAAAUCGAGCCCAGGCAAACCAACAAAGCUCGAUAUCGUUUUCAGGGAUUGUCUUAUUGGCCUGAACCCUCUGAGGCUAGAUUCGAAGUUGUUCGUCGCAUUAACGGAUGCGCAGCUGAAAAUAUCCUUAUCCAAAACUGACAAGGUAGAGGCUGGUUUCAAUUUGAACAAAGCCUCGAUCUUACUCACUGAUGACGUAAAAGCCUUGGGGUCUGCUGCACAUUCCGCUCGCCGCCGUCCAUCCAAUGCUACUUCUGAACAAGUUGUCGAGCUAUGUUCGAAGGGCUUUGUGGAUAUCUGCUUCAUAUCGGCCGCCAAGGCCAGUAUCCUUGCAGACACAAACCCUGAUGGCUCCAAGUUCGUUGACGUGGAAAUUCGGGAUGAUCUCCUAGUCAUGGAGACAUGUGCAGAUUCUACACAAACGUUGAUCGCAUUGGCAAAUGCCCUCGCGCCGCCCACGCCUCCAAGUAAGGUCCCGAAGUAUAAGACUUCUGUUGUACCGGUGCAAGAUCUUUUGGCGUCGAUAUCUGCAGAUGCAUUUGGCCAGGCUGAAGGCACUUUUGAUUUUGAUGAUGACUUUGGUAUAGCAGAAGAAUUAGGUGGUGAAGAUUCGGAAGGGGAUGGUUUGGAGGACUCGAGCCAGUCAAGUCCGCUUGACAUCCAUUCCCAGUUUUACGACGAGCAUCUCGGCGACUCUGGUGGCCUUGCUGAUUCGACGAUGGAGCAUACAAUAUCGCAGGACACAAAUGACGGGGUACUACUCACGAAUUUCAGUAGCCAGCCCUCCGACACAGAUGAUGACUCAGAUCUUGUCGUUCAUGACAACUAUUUCGGAUCACAGUCAGUCAUACAUGGGUAUGCUCCAAGGUGGAACUCGAAUGAGAAUAGAUAUGAGUCUCCCGAAGACGCGAGGGCACCGAGGUAUCCUUUGACUGUACGAGUGAGAGAUGUACAUUUCAUUUGGAACUUGUUCGAUGGUUAUGACUGGUCCCAUACUCGAGAUGUCAUUACAAAAGCUGUGGAGGAGGUCGAAGCAAAAGCUCUGGAGCGAAGGGGCCGUUCAGACCGUGUACGUGUGACAGCUGACAUGGAAGCCAUGAUUGAAGAGGAGGAAGAGGUUAUUGGCGAUUUCCUGUUCAACUCUAUCUAUAUUGGUGUGCCAGCCAAUCAUGAUCCUCGAGAACUCGCACGAAACAUCAACGAGGCGCUCAACGACAAUGCCACGGAAACCGAAUCGAUAGCGACGACAGCGAUGACCGCAACUCCUAGCCGCAUGGGUAGCAAUCGUAAGAGGAAGAGGCUCAGACUCGACCGCAGCAAACGGCAUAAAAUCACCUUUGAAUUGAAGGGUAUAAACGUCGAUAUGGUCAACUUUUCAGACGGCUCUGGCGAGACACAAAGUUCCGUUGACGUCAAAGUUAAGGAUCUGGACGUCUUCGACCACGUUCCGACUUCGACCUGGAAGAAAUUCGCGACAUAUGACCAGGACGCAGGCGAGCGGGAGCUCAGUACUAGUAUGGUUCACCUUGAGCUACUAAACGUGAAGCCGGUCCAAGAACUUUCGGCGACAGAGCUUGUAGUCAAAGUCACGGUCCUUCCGUUGAGAUUACAUGUGGAUCAGGAUGCACUAGACUUCAUCACCCGGUUUUUCGAGUUCAAGGAUCCGGAUGCACCAAUACAUGCUUCCGAAGCUGAUGUGCCGUUUGUCCAAAGGGCCGAGGUUAUGUCUAUUCCUGUCAAGCUCGACUUCAAGCCAAAGCGCGUAGACUACGCCGGGCUCAGGUCUGGCCACACAACCGAGUUCAUGAAUUUCCUCAUCCUGGAUGAGGCUCGGAUGGUAUUGCGACAUACUAUCGUUUAUGGUGUAUCGGGUUUCGAUAGGUUGGGCAAGAUGCUGAAUGAUAUCUGGAUGCCCGAAAUCAAGCGCAAUCAACUGCCAGGCAUUCUGACUGGUCUUGCAGCAGUCCGCCCAAUUGUCAAUGUUGGCAGUGGGUUCAAAGACCUAAUUGAGGUUCCUAUCAGGGAAUACAAGAAGGACGGCAAGAUUGUUCGUAGCAUUGGGAAGGGAGCCGCAGCUUUCGCAAAGACCACGGGCACGGAGAUUGUGAAGCUCGGAGCCAAAGUCGCCGUAGGUACGCAAUAUGUCCUUCAAGGCGCAGAAGGAUUGCUCGUCAGGCCAGGCCAGCAGGAAAGCAGCUGGGAGGACGAUGAUGUGGACAAUGAGAACACCAAGAAGAUCAGCUUGUAUGCUGAACAACCGAAUGGCGUCAUGCAGGGCCUCAGGGGUGCUUAUUCGAGUUUGGCUCGGGAUCUUAACGUGGCUAGAGACGCCAUUAUUGCAAUCCCAGGCGCCGUGCAGGAGAGUCAGAGCGCACAGGAUGCUGCAAAAGCCGUCCUGAAGCAAGCACCUUUUAUUAUUUUCAGACCAUUGAUAGGUUCAAGUAAGGCUAUUGGGCAAACUCUGAUGGGUGCGACCAACUCGCUUGAUCCUCACAAUAGGAGACGUAUAGAAGAGAAAUACAAGCGACAUUGAAAUUAAAACAACAUUUAGCAUCACGAUCAUUACAGCAUGGCGCACCGGAUACACUGGAUGGGCAAUGUCUUCUGCCCACAAGGACGACUUGGACGGAUAACAUGAUGGCUGCUUAAAUUGCAUCAUAGACGGCGAAACUGGGCGGUUUUCAUUUCAUUUACACCCCGACCAUACCUCAGAUUGGAUGCAUUUCACUUGAAAUUAGGAUGAGACAGAACAUUGAAGAUGGCAACCUGCUACGAAGCUGUAUGAUAUCUUAUAUCCUAUUUGUACCAGUAGAAUACCAGAUUUCAAC